GCUGUUUGGUGAUUGAUUCGCGCAGAUGCGAGAGCGUCGCAGGCGAGGACGCCGCCGCAGGCAUGCCGUUGGCACGGAGUGUCUCAGUCACCUCCCUCUCGGGCCUGGAUGAGUGGGACGAGGACUUCGAUUUGGACGAUGCCGUUCUCUUCGAAAUUGCAUGGGAGGUGGCUAAUAAAGUUGGUGGGAUCUACACAGUGAUUCAGACGAAGGCCCGUCUGACCUGUGAAGAAUGGGGAGAGAACUACUUCCUGGUGGGGCCGUACAUGGAGUCCAAUGUCAGGACCCAGGUUGAGCUGAUUGAGCCCACCAACCCAGUACUCCGGAGGACCAUUGAUAAGAUGAACAGCAGCGGCUGCAAGGUGUACUUUGGACGCUGGCUGAUUGAGGGAUCUCCAUAUGUGGUCCUGCUGGACGUGGGCUUCACUGCAUGGUCUCUGGACCGCUGGAAGAGUGAGCUGUGGGAGAACUGUGCUAUUGGAGUGCCUUGGUUCGACAGAGAAGCCAAUGAUGCUGUCCUCUUCGGCUUCCUCACUGCCUGGCUGCUCGGAGAGUACGCAGCACAGUGUGAAGACCCUCCGCAUAUCUUGGCUCAUUUUCAUGAGUGGUUGGCUGGUCUGGGUCUGGUUUUAUGCAGGCAGCGGCAGUUACCCGUAGCAACCAUUUUCACCACACACGCCACGCUGCUCGGACGAUACCUGUGUGCUGGGAACGUUGAUUUUUACAACAACCUUGCAGAGUUUAAUGUAGAUAAGGAAGCGGGUGACAGGCAGAUCUAUCACCGGUACUGUUUGGAGCGAGCUGCAGCACGAUGUGCUCACGUCUUCACCACUGUGUCCCAGAUCACAGCCAUCGAGGCAGAGCAUCUGCUCAAAAGGAAACCAGAUAUUGUGACUCCUAAUGGUCUGAACGUGAAAAAGUUCUCAGCUAUGCACGAGUUUCAGAACCUCCAUGCUCAAAGCAAGUCACGCAUUCAGGAGUUCAUCAGAGGCCACUUUUACGGUCAUUUAGAUUUUAAUCUGGACAAGACCGUGUUCCUCUUCAUUGCUGGACGCUACGAGUUCUCUAAUAAAGGAGCUGAUCUUUUCCUUGAAGCUCUGGCCAGGCUCAACUAUCUACUGAGGGUAAACCACAGUGAGACCACGGUGAUAGCGUUCUUCAUCAUGCCUGCUCGCACCAACAACUUCAACGUGGAGACACUGAAGGGCCAAGCCGUACGAAAACAGCUCUGGGAUACAGCCCAGACUGUGAAAGAGCGCUUUGGAAAGAAACUCUAUGAGUCAUUAUUAGUUGGCCAGCUGCCAGAAGUGUCUAAGAUGCUGGAUAAGGAGGAUUUCACCAUGAUGAAAAGGGCCAUCUUUGCCACACAGCGCCAGUGCCUGCCACCCAUCUGCACCCACAACAUGCUGGAGGACAGUUCUGACCCCAUCCUUACCUGCAUCCGCCGCAUCGGCCUCUUUAACAGCUCUCAGGACCGGGUUAAGGUGAUUUUCCAUCCAGAGUUUUUGUCAUCUACCUCUCCUCUGCUGCCAAUGGACUAUGAGGAGUUUGUCAGAGGCUGCCACCUCGGGGUCUUCCCCUCUUACUAUGAGCCUUGGGGUUACACACCUGCUGAGUGCACUGUGAUGGGGAUUCCCUCUGUGUCCACUAACCUUUCAGGGUUCGGCUGUUUCAUGGAGGAACACAUAGCUGACCCAUCUUCUUAUGGAAUCUAUAUUCUAGACCGGCGGUAUCGUAGCGUGGACGAGUCGUGUAACCAGCUAACCUCCUUCCUCUUCCAGUUCUGUCAGCAGAGCCGCAGACAGCGCAUCAUCCAGAGGAACCGUACAGAGCGUCUCAGUGACCUGCUGGACUGGAGAUACCUGGGACGGUACUAUGUAUCUGCUCGCCAUAUGGCCCUGUCCAAAGCCUUCCCUGACACAUAUGUGUAUGAGCCCCAUGAUCCCACCUCGACCUCCGGCUUCCGUUACCCACGGCCUGCCUCGGUGCCCCCCUCCCCUGCUCACUCCCUCCACUCAUCCCCCCAUCACAGUGAAGCUGAGGAUGAGGAUGAGCGAUACGAUGAGGAGCUGGAGGCAGAGAAAGACCGCGUGAACAUCCGCCAACCAUUCAGUUUACCACUGAAGAACAAGAGCCUGCCAGUUGAUGCAGUCAAUGCUGUUGAUGCUGUAAAUGCUGUUGAUGCAGUUAACUCGGUUGAGGCAGUUAACUCAGUUGAUGCAGUUAAUGUGGUUGAUGCAGUUAACUCAGUUGAUGCUGUUGACCUGCCUGAGAAGAACUGACACUACACACACACACACACACACACACACACACACACACACACACACACACGCUCAUGCACACGCUUCUUCUCCUUAUGCGUCAUUCAUUCUCACAUGCACACCCCGCAGACACACUCCUGACCUGUUGCCUGCUUUUUGGUCCUGCAGUUGCUGGGCUUGGGGAAUAGAUAUAUAGAUAUUUAUGUGAAAGCUAAAUGAUGUAGAACUAAACGAUGUAUUACUGUGAGGAGCUGCUACUAUUGUUGAUCUUUAAGACAGAAAUAUUACAGUCUUCCAGAUGUCAGUAUGCAGAAUGAUCACGCUUGACAGAAGUUUAGAUCCGAACCUGUUUGUUCAUAGACUGUGAAGGGCCGUCCCAGUAUAAAGGUGCCCAGAGCUUGUGCUACUGGCAGCUAGUUGAAGCUCACUGAUAAUGACAACACAGUCAAUCAAAGUCAGCCAGAGAUCUUCUUCUACUUCUUCUUCCUUAUCCUCUUCUUUACUCCAGUGCUUUACUUCUGAUGGGUCAGUUUUAAGCCAGCCCUUAAGAAACUCCUUUUCUACCAAAAAUGGGUUUGUAACAAGGCAAAGCAGUCCGUUUCCUCUCAGUUGGCAUGGGGAGUACACUGUGCAAUAUCGUUACAUUCAUCCGGUAUUUUUCCACGUUUUCAAGCCUUGUCCCAGUUUUAUGGCAGUCAGGGCAAUUUAGCAAAGAUAUCUGUCUUCUUAAAGAGUUUCUAUCACAAGAUAAACAUUUUACAAUCAGAGAAAGUCAGUAUUUCUGUCCUGGGAGUCCUUUUAUUUCAGAAUAGCUAUUGUGAAAAGGUUUAAAAAUUAAACUAUUUAGAGUGUUUAAUGGUUAGAGAGCUUGAGCUGAAAAAAAAAAAAGAUUUAUUAUAGUAUAAUGUGCAAGAGCAGUUUAUGUACUGUAAUGUACACAUAAACACAUGAUGAUAUGAGUUUGUGUCACAGCAGUGGAACAGAAAAUAAAGACUGUAUAAUUUAA